GGCUCGCGGGCAGCGGAUGAGCGAUCGAUGAUCGAGGUCAUUCGUCAUUGGGCAAGUAAUUCCGCAUUAUCUCUACUUCGAUGUCUUCUACUUCGUCUAUCACAUCAGAUAUUCGAAGGCAAUAAACAUCAACAUGUCUUUUGACUCCGCCUCUAUCAUUUCGUCCCGAGCGGAGGGGUCGAUCGGCUGGUCGUUGCUAGAGCGGCUUUCUGCUGACUUCAAAGACGCUGAGCCGCUUGCAGCGAUAGACAGCUGGGAUGUGCAAGGGACAGCAGAACUAGAAGGAUCGACCGUACUGGAUGGUAAAAAUGCAUAUCAGCUUCUCCAGAAAGAGGCUUUCGGGAGCAAUUUCGAGGGCACAAGCUUCCUCUUCAACUACGUUCUUUUGCUCACCAGCGUAGUGAUUUUAGACGCCUACGAGAGGGGUCAGGAGAGGUUUCUGUCUAGUAGAACUUUCAAAGUAGACGAGGAAAUUUUGGAUUUGGAUGGACCUUAUCGUGGUGCCAGAACAGAGAAGAGACCAGCAGGGUUUUCACUGCAAAAGUUCCUUUUCGAGCUUUUUGGCCUGAUGGUUCCUCUAACGCUAGUCGGCUCGAUGCCCCAGUAUCUUCCCUUGUACUGGCUGAGCGCAACAGUGGCAGUGAUUGCUUUUUGGGCAGUGUUGAGGAAGUCUUCCUCCUUGAAUAAUCAUAGCUGCGGCGAUGAAUCCGGACAAAAGCUCAAGAGAAUAGCAACGGACGAGAGUCCUCGAAUUGAUACUCAAGGACGCGGCAAAAGUGGGUCGUCCUCAAAGAUGAAGCGCGUGGCGCGUUCACGGUCCUCUUCGCGGUCUGGUGCUCCUAAAGCGGGUGCUGCUAAAACAAGAACUUCGCGAGGAGAUGCUGAUCAGGGUAGGAUUUCAGCAGAGGAAUGCACACCGACAUUCGACAAGCAAUCAGGAGGGCCAGCACCAACAUCUUCAUCUGCGUUGACGAACAAGAGUUCUUCUGCUUCCAUCCAUUACCGGUUCGUCUCAGAGUAUAAAGCAUGCAUGAUGUGUGCUACGUCCUUGAUGAUCUUGGCAGUGGACUUCCCCUCCAUGUUUCCACGCCGCUUUUCCAAGGUGAUGCACCAGGGCUACUCGCCGAUGGACCUUGGGGUUGGUAGCUUCGUUUUCGCCAACGGCCUAAUUUCCGGCAGUGGCAAGCAAACAGCGCUGUUGAGAAAUAUGGAAAGACGUACUAGUCCGACAAGCCCGUGGAAAAAGCGAGCGCAGACACAUUUGCCGCUGAUUAUCCUGGGAUUUGGUCGUUUUUUCUGGGUGUGGGGAAUGGCGCAUUAUGUACCUAAUGAAGAGUACGGCGUACACUGGAAUUUCUUUUGCACCCUAGCGGUCGUUCGAAUAUUAGGCGACGGAUGGGAAGCAUUUCUCGAAUCCGUCUAUUUCCUCUUGGGUAUGAGCGCUACAGCAUUAGGAAGAGCAGAUGAAAUCAUACCACAAGAAGAAGAAAGAGCAACACGUGGAGGUAAGGCAAGCAGGAAAAAUGUCAAAGCGGUUAGCAGUGUUAUGCGUUUUUUCGUUCAAGUCCUGCCAGCACUAGCUGUGUGCGGAGGCUUAGAGAUGUGGCUCAAUGUGUACGGUGGUCGAGCUUGGAUGCUGGCGUCUGACGACAUGGUUCCUCGCGACACUUUUCUCACCGCCAAUCGUGAGGGCCUGAUAUCCUGCGUUGGUUUCUUCGGGCUUUACAUGGCAGCAUCCUCGAUCGGGCGUCAAGGCCUGGAGAAUUUUGCGUUUUUGCGGUGUGGAAUCGCGUCCGGUGCUAUUGUUGCAUUCGCGCCUGAAACUCCUGCACGUCGGUGUUGCGAUCUGCCAUAUGUCAUGCAUAUUAUAUCCUGCAAUUGCGUGCUCGUGGCAGCGUUGCGAGCGAGGGAUGAAAUUGCACAAGAAGUUUCCUCUGAGGUUUCUGCUGGAACGGACGAAAACAGUUCUGCUACAGCAUCCUCACUCGACGAUGGUGCUAAAAACGGAGUUGGAAAUGGAACAAGAAGCGACCACCCACGUAAAUCACUAGCAUCACGAAAACCUCCUCCCAGCUCUAGGAGACAACCCCUGCCGCUUGUGCUAGAAGGUCUACAAGGAUCGCAACUUUUCUUCUUUCUGGUGGCCAAUCUUCUUACCGGACUUGUCGGGAAACUCUUCUGGACACUUCUGAUGCCAUUCUGGCACGCUGUAGCCAUAAUGUUUAUAUACUCACUAACAUGGAUGACAGCAGCAUACGUCCUGGCAACAUAUCAAAUUAAAGUCAAGUUUUGGUAACUUGCAAACGGCUGGUUUGGCAUGGUAAGCGAGUAGUUUUCACAAACUGCACGGGCCUUUUUUCCGGUAGCUUUCACUGCAAC